GGAUGCUAUUCCAACACAUCAUGGAUCGUUACUUCACGGUGCAACGCGGUGUAAAUUGGUUUCGUGACAAUCACGAAGCGGCAUGACUGAGUAAAGUAUUAGUAGCCUCUCUGUAUCUGAGUAGCCUGUCUUAUGUUAUCGAAACUUCCUUCUCAAGUCGUCUUGGUAGAGUUUGCUUCGGUAUCGUCAUGGCUCUAGAGCUUGAUUAGUAUCUCUUUCUGUGCAGUGUCAGUUCUAUCGUGAAGUUGAGUCACGUUCCUGGUUCCGUGUCAGUGUCAGUUUUGCCUGCUUGUCUCCUACAAGGCUUCUAGCUUGACAAUAGUUUCAACAUCACUCGAGCAACAUUCCGGAAAGAUAAGCAACGGUAGGAUAGAAAGCCACGAUUUCCGCGUGACGUUUAGACACACCCGUUCCUGAUUGAUCGCGUUUAGGCGAUUCGCUCAGUUGAUCAGCUCUCGGAUCCGGGCUGGCUACAGCUUCUAGAAAUAUCCGUUGUUGAAAGAUCCGUUUUGCGCUAACCAGUCCCUCUUCCUUUCGGUAGAAACAACGUCGCCGUGUAUCCUCUGAUUCCCGCGCAGCCAUGGACGGUUGGAUGCACGGAGCACGCCUGAUGAUGGACAGCCCAGCAGAUCCUGUUUCUCUCUUGACCGGUUUGACCGGUAAUAGCUUUUCUAGCAGAACGAACGGGCCAGCCGACGAUAAGAGCGUUCUUGGGAAUUUCAGCGCUGAUGGCGGUACCAGUUAUGCGAACCUUGGGAGUGUCGCGGAUUUCGAGGAGGAGGCGUACGAAGGCCUGGCUGCAGCGUACGCGUUUGUGGGAGUCGUUGCCCUGGUGCAACUGGUGCGGAUUCAGCUGAGGGUGCCAGAGUACGGCUGGACGACACAGAAGGUGUUUCAUCUGCUCAACUUCUUCCUCUGCGCAGCCAGGUGUGCGGUUUUCCUCUCCUGGGAGCAGGUGCAGAGCAUCAAAGACUAUGUGCCAAGAGUCGCCAUCCUGGACGUGCCAAGCCUAUUCUUCUUCACCACCUACACGCUGCUCAUUCUCUUCUGGGCCGAGAUCUACCACCAGGCCCGAGGCGUCCCCUCAGAGGAUCUUCGCCGAACCUUCUGCUUUUUAAACGUUGCGAUCUAUAUCCUACAAGGUGGGGUGUGGAUCUACAUGCACUUCGUUCCAGAGCACAUGGACGCGCUGAUUUACCUCACCAAGCUAUUCCGUGCAGGGGUGGCGUUCACUGGGGCGUUUGGCUUCAUGCUCUAUGGCGGACGGCUGUUUGUCAUGCUGAACACGUUCCCAGUGGAGUCGAGAGGGAGAAGAAACAAGCUGAUGGAGGAUGUGCUCCUAGGAUGUGCUCCUAGGAUGUGCUCCUAGGAUGUGCU